UUUCUCUGCCUAUUAUCUGAGUGACUCUGGUUUUUGGGGUCUGCCUCCGAGCGUGUGUCAGAGAGGGAGUGUGUGUGUGUGUGUUCGGUGGAGGGAGAGAAGAGAUAAAGGGAAGGAGGAGGCAAGCAGCGUUUGUUCUCCCCCCCUUCAGCUUCCCCCGUCUCCCUGCUCCCUGUCACUCCAUCCUUCCUCCCCUCUCCUGGACCCUCCAGCCCUGCUCCGAGCCGGACCGAGAUCCCCACCUCACCCCCUCCUGCCUCCCAGACCACCCCGGGACCCUUUGACUCUCCUUACUUCUCCAUCCCACCAGCCUCAGCCUCUGAGCAGGGAUUCCCCUCCCCCUGGUGCGCUGACUGUGAAAUCAUCUGCACUAAAUCCACUGAACAGCAGCUCCGCCAUCGAUUUGAUCUAAACGCUUAUGCUGGCGAGGCGCAGCAAAGAGCAUCGUCCAAAACAACCAACCCACAUUCUGCUGGAAGGCUGCCAGCCACGGGUCACAUGACCUGGAAGAAAAAAGUUAGGCUACUUUUGGGAUCCCUCUUUGCAUGGGCUGACAGUCUACCUGAAGGAAAUUCCAAAGGCUGAUGAACUGACCUGCGUGCGUGUGUGUGAGACCUGUGUCUGUGUGGUGUCCUAUGCCCUGGACGCACAACCUCCAGCACAAACCUGGUGACUGGUUGGCUGGAGUGCCAUCUUACUCCAUCUCCUUGUGAGGACAUCUCAUACCAGGACUGCUCUUACCUCCUCCCCCAGCAUGGAGCCCACCAAAGUCCAGUCAGAGGGGGGCCUCAACGUCACACUCACCAUCCGCCUCCUCAUGCAUGGAAAAGAGGUCGGAAGUAUAAUUGGAAAGAAAGGGGAGACGGUGAAAAAGAUGCGAGAAGAGAGUGGAGCCAGAAUCAAUAUUUCCGAGGGCAACUGUCCAGAGAGGAUUGUCACCAUCACUGGACCAACAGAUACCAUCUUCAAGGCUUUUGCCAUGAUUGCCUACAAAUUUGAGGAGGACAUAAUCAAUUCUAUGAGCAACAGUCCAGCAACCAGCAAGCCCCCCGUCACAUUAAGGCUCGUCGUGCCAGCCAGCCAGUGUGGCUCCCUCAUAGGAAAAGGAGGCUCUAAAAUAAAAGAAAUGAGAGAGUCCACAGGAGCCCAGGUUCAAGUGGCAGGGGACAUGCUGCCUAACUCCACGGAGCGUGCAGUGACAAUCUCUGGGACCCCAGAAGCCAUCAUCCAGUGUGUCAAACAAAUCUGUGUGGUUAUGCUGGAGUCUCCACCAAAAGGUGCCACCAUUCCUUACCGCCCAAAGCCGGCCUCCACCCCAGUCAUUUUUUCUGGUGGCCAGGCCUACACAAUUCAGGGACAGUAUGCCAUACCCCACCCAGAUCAGUUGACCAAGCUCCACCAGUUGGCUAUGCAGCAAACCCCCUUUACCCCUCUCGGACAGACCACCCCUGCUUUCCCUGGUUUGGAUGCCAGUCCACCAGCCAGCACCCAUGAACUCACCAUUCCUAAUGAUCUAAUAGGCUGUAUCAUUGGACGUCAGGGAACCAAAAUAAAUGAGAUUCGACAGAUGUCUGGGGCGCAGAUCAAAAUUGCAAACGCCAUGGAGGGCUCAUCGGAGCGCCAGAUCACCAUCACAGGGACUCCUGCUAACAUCAGCCUGGCACAGUAUCUCAUCAAUGCAAGGCUGACAUCUGAAGUCACUGGAAUGGGCACACUCUAAUUUCUACUCAUCUUCCCUCAGUGCAUCACAUGGCCAUUGAGCUUUUGGCACCGUGUCUGGUUUAUUUACCAUUUUUGCGUAUUUGACGUUCCCGUUAAGUGACUUUUGACUUCUUUCUUUUUUUUUUUCCUUUUCUUGUAUUUUCUGUAAACACAUGUAUCUGACACUCUAUUUCUGAAAGACUUUACUCACUAAAUUUACUCCACUUUACUUUUUCUUUUGACUCUUGUACCUUUUAUGGCAUCUCGUACACUGCUUUGUUUUACCUCAUUAUUGCAAACAAUGGUCGCUUGAUUUUUUUGCUCUACAGGCACCUGAAAGAAAAUAUUUGGAUUAAACAGGUUAAACCAUUGAUGUCCCUCCAAACAACCCAAUUUUACUCGGACACAUUUUUAAUUCCACAUUGAGACGAAUACAGAAAACACUUCUCAACACAGCAACUACUGUAUAAAGCAGAUGCUUUGUAUAUUUUUAUUUUUCACUGACUUCACUGUCGCCGAAAUGCGCGUUUACCUGUGUGCCUGUGGACGUUUGUUUGACUUAGUGCUCUACGAACACCACAGAUUGAUCUGCAUGAUGUGUAUCACGCUCAUUGUAAAAUCAAACCUGUGUAAAGAAUCAGAUUGGAACAAGCCAUGAACACUAGUCUUGAUCUGCACCUGUCACUGUGACUCCAGUGUGAAUUUACUGCACCUCACAGGUAAAUGCCGACAAAACGUCCACUCACUAAUGCACAAACAUCCGUUUUCUCCGGGGUUUAUGUGACACCUGACACAUGGGUUGGGGCGGAGAAAUGGAAAUAAGGCGGAAGGAGUGGAAUUCAAAAUGCACGUUAUUAUUGCACCACAUAAUAUUCACCAGUAUUCCACGAUCAUGUUACUCAUUCACUGCAAGUCUAAGAGGAGGCAAGGGUCCUUUGGAAAGCACUCACAAGUAGCCCAUAAUGUUUUUAGAGUACAACAUGAAAAUGGCUGAUGAGUAGCUUGACGUCAACAAGCCGUUCCAGUGUUUCUGGCCCAGCAAAAACAUUAUGCAUCUGUAGUCAACCAGUUAUUUUUACAGAUGUACUGUACAUAUACAUGUAUGCAUGACUACCACUUGCCAUCUCCUGUAAGUACAGUAUGUCCAUAGUUAAUUCAACGUAUGGCCUAUAGCGCAGUCUAAAACCUGAAUGCAUUUCAAAACUGUAUUAAUGAAUUCAUAACAUUUACGUGUCAUACUGGAUUAAAUCAGGUUAUAAAACGAGAAUAUUAGUCCUGUUCAGACCUGAGUGAUGCGAUCACAAGUGGACGGUGCGACGUUAACAUGAAUUCUAGCGGUGUCUCCUGUGACCUCACAGCCGCCCCCAAAUAUGUCUGCUGUCAACAUGUUUGUGUGUCGGUGCGAGUGAUAGAGAAAGAGAAAAAGAGUCGGAGUGAAUCGAUGCACUUACGCACACAGCUGUAGCACGAGAUAAGAUUUUCAGUGUGAGGGGAAAAAAAGAAACGGGGUCAAUAUUGUGGCGGUGCCUUUUAUGAAGAAACUUUUGUCUCGCGGUGAAACUGUAGCGAGUCAGAGGACACACAUGUGUCCAGAGAACUGAUAUAAAAAUGUGGCAAAAUGUGUCUCUGACCACAUCUGAAUAUGAUCCGAGUGAUCACAUGUGAAGACACCACUCGGGACACAUUCAGACCUGGAUUCAGUGCUGUCCACCUGAGACAGGAUCACUCAGGAUCUGGACAUUUGAGUGAAGCGUACGGUAUAAUAUGACGUAGUAUACGAGUGAUUAUUUUCAUAAAGGUUUUGAAUGUUCGGAGGCUGUUAUUACAGGUCGUUUAUUCGAAGCAGUCCCCCUACAGUUUUGUAGUACGUCUGUUUUACGACACCGUAAACAUCCAUCCAACGGUUUCCCCUCAUAUCACCGACGCUCCCCUCUCCAGUUUUCUCUGCUUCUUUUCCGCCGCCAUAAAGAACGUCCAAAAUAAUACUAUCACCGACUUGCCGUGAAGCGAUUUUGUGUUUUCUCGCGACACCUCCUGAUUCUGAAGACUCCGGCUCGGUCCUCCUGGUCUCGCAAGGCUGGCUUUCCACUAACAAGACAGUAGGAGGAGCCAUUUAACCAUCACAAUGACUCUGAAAGUGUUCAUUUAGGGUAAAAAUCCCACUUAGUUCCGCUUUAAGAUUGUAAUCUACACUUUUACUAUUAGAUUAUAAUGUUAAAAUGCAGACUAGAAGAACGUCUUUAUAUAAUGUAACACUCCAGUUUAUGAUCAACUAACUGCAGGUAACUUUGUAAUCCACAUUAUUAUUACGCAGUUUUCAGCAUUACUCCUGUACUAAUUUAGACAGAAAUGUAAAUUAUUGACGUGAUAUUAACUCUGUUAAAACAAGGCUGCCUUACAGUGAUACACCUACAUUAGACAUUUACACACUUACAUGUCAAUCUGUCACAUCUGGCUCCAUGCAGAUGAGUUUCACUUGAUCAAACUGGAGAUUUAGAUCAUCCCACAGUUAGAUUUUAAAAGGAGUCAUUUAAAAACUUAGCCUAAUCACAUUAGUCUGGUCAUUCAUGUAUUUUAAAUACUUUAAAGUGUCGGUUAAAUACAGACGGAUCAGCCGAGACACAGUCAGGCGAUUAAACAAAAAAACAUACUUACAAACAUCGCUCUUUUUUUUUUUUAUCCAUCUGUUCUAUCCAUGUUGUGUCAGUUUCCGUGGUACAUUAACACUGGUACAUUACUUUUUUUUUUCGUUACAGUGCUGGAGCAACAGAAACAUGAAAAAUGAUUGAAGAGGUGAUAUAAAUAAUGCCGUUUGAAGACAAUGUGUCACGCCAUGUUUAUGUUUGAUCAUUUGCAUCAUGGAGGUCUGUGUUGGAUUUGUUAUUUAUGGAGGUGAACUCUGAAAUGUUUUGUAAAAAAAAAGGAAGAGAAUAAAGUUUGUGUUUCCUCUC